AAAUUUCCAAUAUUUCACAACAUUUUCGCUAACAAAAACUCAAAAUUACCAAACACCUAAACUAUUCUGCAUUAAACAUUAAAUAAUUCGCAAAAAAAUCGUAACAAAAAUAAUAGAGAAAAAUGUCCAGAAAACUUACACCAACAACACUGCAGAGGGAGUCGAAACCAAGCUGGAGGAGCUCGAAGACGUCGAACACAUCCAAAUCAACUAUUAACAGCAAGACAAAAGUGAAAGCGGCUAUUGAAAAACCGGUCAAACCCGAGAAAAACUCAAAAAGAGAAAAUGAUGUUAUUGAACCAGAAGCGGAAGAGGAAACCGAAGCACCAAAAGCGCUGCAGCGGGUAACGAGCGCAGAUACCGUAAACUUCAAGGAAGAGCACGACGUUAAAGAGACGAAAAAUUGUUUUGACGACUGGAAAGAGUUCUAUUUACAAAUUUAUGGCACAAUCAAAAGCAAAUCUGAUCUGAUUAUAGCUUUCACGCAUUAUAUACUCAUGAAGAAUGGCUUCCGGUGUCUGGGACUGGGUGAUGAUCGCACCUAUUCCGAGGAUGAAGUGGGCACAAUCUACUUGCCUGAGGGCUGGAGUCAAUUUUCGAAAUAUUCCAUACGUUACAUAUACAAUCGCAUGCUCUACAUACUUAUAGGCGUACAUUUGGACCAUCGUUUAUUGAUCAAUUUCCUAAAUACACGCACCAAUGUAGUGACGAAUAUAACGGUGUUUCCGGAGAUAACUGUGCGCGCCACUUAUGGUGGCGGUAUUAAUGUGUUGAUACCAUUUCCGGAGAAACUCGCACAAACUCUAUAUAGUAACUUAAUACAAACGUUUACUGAUAUGCAAGCGUGUGAUCGGCCGCCGAAGAUAUUAUCACGCACAAAGCAGCAAAGUAAUCCAUGGGAUGAGCUCGCAGCGCGACGCAGUAAAGAUGUCUACCCCAUAUUGGAAGAGGAUAAUAUUUCGGAGAUUGAGGAAAGCCAGGAAGUACAUACGCUGGACGGCCAAGCGCAGAGACAUGCCAGCUGGGCGGACGGGAAACCUCAAGCAGCAAGCAUCGGAGUAAUGAAUUCGCUGAAAACCAGACUGGAUGAAACUGUCGAACCGGUGAAGGAUGCCAUUGUUAGCUAUGUGGAGGCUAUGGUUAACAAUUGGUUUUCGCUUUAUGGCAACGAGAUAAUGAAAAGCGGCAAAUUAGCUAUACAGGAUUUGGCCGAUCAACGUCAAAUGAUUGAAAAAUAUAUGAACUUCGCCAAACCGGUUGCCGAACCGAAGAGCGGUUUCGUCAUCUACAAUACCAAGGUAACGUUGGACGAUAGCAAGCAAAUAUUAUUGCGUGAUACUGUCGAGAAGAGUAAAUUAGACUUGAAAGUUGGUUCGAAUGUAAACGCCGAACUGAAAAGAUCGUUAACUGAAACGGCGCAUAAACCGAGUUUGGCGAAUGUAAAAGAAGAUCACACAAAUAAUCCAAAACCACCAAACGCGAGUGAAGCAUCUCUGACGGCAGAGCCAUCUAGAGUUAAAACUCGAAAUUAUUAUAAGAACGUACGCCCAAAAAUCGAUUCUGGUAUAAGAAGUGAUAAAACUGUGGCAAGUCCACCGCCGCAGCGAGCGAAGAAAACGGCCGCGGUGCCGGUGACUGUCGAGAGAAAUACACAUAAUUCCGCAAAUACUCAUACAGAGCCUAAAGUGGUUACUGUUUUGAAACCGGCACUUAAGAAAGUGAGACCUCAGGCAAUAAGUAGCAGUCGUACAGAAAAAGAAAUUAAGAAGGCGUAUAAAGCAUAUGAGGUGGAAACCGCUAAGCGAAAUGCUUCAAAUAAUCGCGGAAAAGGGGGCACGAGCAUAAAUUCAUCGCAGCAAAAUUCCCAAAUAAAUGUCGAUGGAAAAUUAAAAAAUAAACGUUUCAAGCACAAAGCAACGCCAGCUUCAAAAAACUUCAAAAACAAUGCCGCCAAGUCUUCAACCAGCAACAGCAUUGGCACAACGGAGUCGCAAGUGAAGCUUAACCGAUCGAGUCCAAUAAAAAAGAUUCGCUUCAAUCUAUCCAAAACCAGCGAAACACCAUCUUAUCUCUCGAGUCUGUGGCCAAGUACGUACAAAAGUUUAGAGAAUCUACUGAAGAGUUCAUUCCCAUUUCGAGAGCAAGCGCGUGAACCCGGUGGUAGCACGGAUCCAAAGGAGGCGUUAAAUAAAUAUGAUUUAAAGGACGAUUUAGAUGGUAUAAUCUAUAGUAAAGAUACAAACGACCUCGCCGAAACGCAAAAUAGGCACCAUAAGGAAUGUAUCUAUGAUUUAGAUAAGGACGGAGAGAACCUAAAAGCUACUUCUAAUUUACUGCAAACGAUAGAAGAGCAUUUCGCUGAGCAAAUUGAAGCGAAGCGUUUGGAACUGCUGGAAAUGGUAAGGCGCAGAGAUCUGCCUGGCAUCAUGGAUAACAACGAAGAUGCUGAAUUGAAGAACAACUUCUUGAAUGCGGAGCAUGAGGAGGAUGUGGGCUGUUUUGUGCAACCGGCCGAUGAAUGGGCGCAAUGGGAGUUCAAAAAGAGACUGAAGGAAAUUCGAGAAAAAGAAGUGUUGAAUGCUCUUAACAAUAAGAAAUUAAAUUUCAAUGAAUGAUAAAAAUGUGUAAAAUUUGAGCGAAUAAAAAAAUAUGU